GCCGCCGGCGCCCCCCGGAAACCAUGACCCCCGGCGCGGGCCCAUGGAGCCAUGGCCUAUAGGGUCCUGGGCCGCGCGGGGCCAGCUCAGCCGCGGAGGGCGCGCAGGCUGCUCUUCGCCUUCACGCUUUCGCUCUCCUGCACUUACCUGUGCUACAGUCUCCUGUGCUGCUGCGACGACCUGGGCCAGAGCCGCCUCCUUGGCGCGCCUCGCUGCCUGCGUGGCCCCGGCGCGGGCGGCCAGAAACUUCUCCCGAAGUCCCGCCCCUGCGAUCCCCCGGGGCCCACGCCCAGCGCGCCCGGCGCUCCCAGCUCGCCCGCCGCUGCCGCUGCCGCUCCCGCCCCUCGUCUCCCGGCUGCCAACCACUCGGGCUCGGCCAGGCUAGGCACCAAGCGGCUGCCCCAAGCCCUCAUCGUGGGCGUGAAGAAGGGGGGCACGCGGGCCGUGCUGGAGUUCAUCCGCGUGCACCCGGACGUGCGGGCCUUGGGCACCGAGCCCCACUUCUUCGACAGGAACUACGGCCGCGGGCUGGACUGGUACAGGAGCCUGAUGCCCCGGACCCUCGAGAGCCAGAUCACUCUGGAGAAGACGCCCAGCUACUUCGUCACCCAGGAGGCCCCCCGACGCAUCUUCAACAUGUCCCGAGACACCAAGCUGAUCGUGGUCGUGCGGAACCCGGUGACCCGCGCCAUCUCGGAUUACACGCAGACGCUCUCCAAGAAGCCGGACAUCCCCACCUUCGAGGGCCUCUCGUUCCGCAACCGCACGCUGGGCCAGGUGGACGUGUCGUGGAACGCCAUCCGCAUUGGCAUGUACGUGCUGCAUCUGGAGAGCUGGCUGCGGUACUUCCCCCUGGCUCAGAUCCACUUCGUCAGCGGCGAGCGCCUCAUCACCGACCCGGCCGGCGAGAUGGGCCGGGUCCAGGACUUUCUGGGCAUCAAGAGGUUCAUCACGGACAAGCACUUCUACUUCAACAAGACCAAAGGCUUCCCUUGCUUGAGAAAAACAGAAUCGAGCCUCCUGCCUCGGUGCCUGGGCAAAUCGAAAGGCAGAACUCAUGUACAGAUCGACCCUGAAGUGAUAGACCAGCUGCGGGAAUUUUAUAGACCUUAUAAUAUUAAAUUUUAUGAAACUGUUGGACAGGACUUCAGGUGGGAGUGAGCCACCGACAUGCGAGGGCUCCUCCUCGUCUCCUCCGUGGGGUUUGCCCGUCCCGCCUGUGAGCCUCGGCCCCCGGCAAACCCACGCUCCAGCCCCCUCUCCCAGCUCGGGUUCCAUCAUCCCGGAACUGGGAAGCCCAGCUAAGGCCACGAGACCGGGGGGUCCCUGCCACUAGCUCUCCCCAGUCUGUCUAGGCAAAGCUGACCUGCUUCUGGCAUGGCCAGUCCAUUCCGAAUCAUUUCCCUUCGCCCACGAGAGGCCUUGGGAAACUGCUUUAAGAGCAGAUCUUCUGAUUAUGAUGGAUCCUGUAAGUGGUGAUGGUUCUGUUGCUGCAGACACAGCAGUCUGCCCCUGUCGCUGUCCACCCCGGAGUGGGCUUGCUAAUUCCGAGUGGCAUGUACCUCCCCUCUGAGCUUCACUCUCCCUAGCCUCCCUGGGGGGUGGGAUAGGAGACCAUCCUCUUCCUCCUGACCUUAGCCGCUCAUCGAGACAUUGCAGAGCCCAAAGCACUCCCUGGCCACUCCUAGGAGACAGACCCCCUGAUGAUGAAAUAAACCAGAGAUUUCAGAGCCUGUGGUCUCCACUCUGCUUGAAGGGUAACUGUCUUUGAAAAACCACUUUGUGACCCACCCUGCUCCCCAUGGACAAAAGCACAUUAAUUCUGCUGUUACGGGUACUUGCCUCACGCGAGCUUUCAUGUUCAGCAUGCGAAGAAAUCAUGCUUGUCCAUGUGAAAUAAAUAUGGCUCUCUCGUGUCCUUAAUGCCGGGCUCUUCUCUGUAAGCCAGGCCUGGAGCACAGCUCAUUCAUUC